AUGGCUACUACGAGGCGCAUCAAAUCCCUAGCGGUUGGCAAGUCUGUUAACUUGCAUCUACUAAAAUACUCGGCCGAGGAAUUUCGACAAUCCCAACCAUCUACGUCUGGACGGCCGUACAAUAAAGUCAUCGUAGGAGCAGCCAUUCUUCGCCGUGCGUUAAACUCAAUCUCUUUGAACUCGCCACGCAUUCUUCUCCUGAAGAGAUCCGCUCAUGAGCCUUAUUUCCCCAACGUCUUCGAACUUCCCAGCGGGAAAGUCGAUCCAGAUGAUUCGACCCUGAAGCAUGCCCUUGCCCGCGAGGUGAAAGAAGAAACAGGCUUAGAUGUCACAGCGAUCCUCGCCGAGCUGAACCCAAUGAUAUACACGACUGAGAAAACCGUCUUGGACGAUACCAAAGGAGAAGUCCUUGUUUCAAAGAGUGCUAUUCAGCUCAAUUACGUGGUUUCGGCUUCUGAUGACACAGUGGAGCUGAGUGCGGAAGAACAUUCGGAGAGCCGUUGGGUCACAGAGGGAGAGUUGAUUGGGCUGGACAUUACAUGUGCGAUGAGAGUGGUUAUUCGGGAAGCGUUCCAGUGGGCAACUAACUAG